GACACUUCGCUUUUUAAGAAUGAACUUUACGCUGGUGAAAUGAGAAAAAGAAAUAACCACUAUAUUUCGAAAUAGUGACAUCUUUCUCUUAGUUAAAGCGUUAUGUGUAUCGUGUGCAUGACAUCAAAAUAAGUGUCGAUUUUCCUAAUAAAUCAUCCGUGAAAUUGUCUUUUAAAAUUAAAAAGUAAACUUUCUUCGUGUUUUUGUGUAUAAAUAAAUAACAUUAGAAUUAAUCAUGGAUAAACUAACUCCUUUCCAUCUAAAAAUCAUGAACAAGAGAAGAACCGCGGGAGAUGGUAUGGAGUCUGAUGAAAAAACAGUUGAAGUAGAUAAGAAAGUUAUAUCCAAACCAGGCUCCAGGUCAACCAGUAAAGAAAGCUUGAUACCUGGGCGUCUUGUCCAGGUGUUCCCUACAAGUAUUGUGAGACCACAGAAGAAGCACCCUCAUAUACACUCUAAAACUCCUAAGUUUGUGCCUUAUGAGCCAUAUCCAGCUGCAGUGAAACCAAUUACACCAAAAACUGUGUCAAAAAGCGUGAAGAAAUCAAAAAAUAAUAUGGACAUCAACACACUGAUAACGCAGAUGUCGCAAAUGAACACAAAUCUGAGUGAAUUCAAGCCUAGAGCUAAACUGAUGUCUACUGGUGAUAACAGCAACAAAUCUGUCACUGAUAAUGAUAAAACAAAUGCAGUGAAUCAAGAAAUGCAGAAGAAAAUUGAUGAGCUUGUGAAGGAAAAUGAUUCAUUAAAGGAGCAAUUAAAACAACAGGUUCAGGUGAACAAAGAACUAAAGACAAUGUUGGUCGCUUCCAUGGGAGAGGACCUUGAGACGCAGGUGCAGUCUCUAAAUGAGGAUAAGAAGCACCUGGCCAAUGCACUGCUCAACUCUGCUCAGCACCUUUCUACUCAUCAGGAACAAACAGAAUGGUUGGCUGGACAGUGUGAAGUGUGGAGAAGCAAAUUCCUUGCAAGCAGCCUAAUGGUAGAAGAGUUGGCAGACUGCAAGAAACAACUCAACGAAAAGACUGAGAACCUACAACAAGCUAUAAGACAAUUACUAGACGAGAGAUGCAGAUCUAGAGAUAUGAUGUUAUGCACAUACAAAAACCUAUACAGCUUACAUGAGAAAUGGCUGGAAAAUAUAACUAUAUCUCAAUACACUGGAAAUAACAUGUACAAUAGGCCUAUAGGUAAUCUAAACUUCAGUGCCACAAUGCCACAUUCAACAAAUAUCUUGGACAUGUCGUCAGUGAACUUGAAGCUGUCUGAAAACAUCAGCAACUCUGUGGAGAAGCAAGAUAUAAGUCAUCUGAACAGCUUGCCUACUCUCACCGAUGGGGAGGUGCACGCUGAAAAUGUGAUGGCCAUGCCGUUGGAAGUGAAGAGAGUGAACGAGGAGCCAGUGAAUGCCCUUGUGCAUCACGCUUACAGCAACAGCGGGAACUCACCGCGCCCCGUCGCCUCCUGCGUACAUUGCAACGGCAAGGUUCAACUCCUUUAACAUUUAAGGACUGACCGCAGGUCGUCGUUCAUAAUAGCCUAGGGAUCAGGACAUCGGCUAUAGUCCUAUUCUAUAAAUAAGAACUUAUUAUUGCUUCACCGAAAUUACUAUACUUAAUAUGAUGUUACUGUAUUGUUUUGAUUAUGUCGCUUACGUCUUGCUCCUAUGCCGCGGCGUGGGAUAUGCACAGCAUCGCGCAUAACACAACCAAAAACCGAGGGCUUUGACCAAAAGACGAAGACCUUUAUCUAUUUAGACAGCAUUCGCUACGUCUAUUAGAAGCCUGCGUUAUGUAUCGCGUCCCGCGUGAUAGCGUAACCUGUGCAGCCUAGGCUUAAAGGGCUGUUUUGCAGUCAACCAGUUUGCGCAAACGCCAAUGGUGUUCCUUAGGUUGUAAUUUUACCGUCGUUGCCGUCACUGCCAAAUUAGGGUUCCCUUUUCUAAAUAAAGGAUGUAAGUGUAUAUUUUUUCCAUCUACUUCACAGGUAUAAAGUGUGGAAGUAAUUAAUUGUUAGGAGAAUAUAAUAAUUAGGAUCGAAAGUGUGUUACAAUAAAAAGUUAUUAGCCAAUUGAUAACCUCCUUCUUUUUGAAGUAGGUUAAAAAUUGCAAUGAGUGAAAAACCCUCCAGGCUACGUUCCCCAAAUAUAAUAUAGAUGGCGCUGUCCAGAUUUAACGUGAUAGUUAAUUACCAAAAUAAUAUAAUAUAGUGGCAGGUAUAUAAAAAUAAUUGUUGCUUGAUAUUUAAGAAUUAUGCUGCUACCUAUAUUGCUUCUCUUUAUUUUGAUCAGAAUAAUAAUGGGUGGAAGAUGUGUUGUGCCUAGGUGUAAUAACAAGGGUCAUUUGUACCCCAAAAAUGAAGAUAAAAGAUGCAUAUAAUGGCAGUUAUCCGUAAAAUUAGAAGGUUAACUAAACGAAGGGAAAUAUGGACAGCGCCAUCUGUAUUUUUUUGGGGAAACGUCGCCUGGAAAGUCCCUCAUUGUAUUAUGUUAUAUCGCUACCUAAGGGUCGAACCACAUCUGUGAGCGCGCUAUAAUGCUAGCAUGAUAUACGCUAUCGCCUCCUCGAUUCUGCCGCGUGCGGUCGCUCUCUCUCGCUCUAGCAAAAUGACGGUCCUGAGUAACAGAAAAGGAUAGAGGUAUAGGAAAAUGCGAUGAGAUGUUGAUAAAUGUGGUUUGACCUGUUUUACGAUUUAUGUUAUUGCGGUUGUAUCAAUAACAUUAUUUUUUUAUAUUUAUUAAUGUUUUGAAAAUUGUUGUUAUACUUAACCAUUUAUUGCGUAUUUUUGUGAAAUUUAAUGCAGGAUAGACACGUAUUGUAAAUAAAUCAAUGAAUUGCCUGUUACAACUUAAAGAUAUAUUUUAUUUUCUGUGUAUUAAAUGUAUAGCAAAUUGUUUAGUCAUACUUAAUAUAAUAUUUAUUUGUAUUAUAGUACCUGAUAGCAAUAAUCUAAUUCCUGCAUAAAUAAUGGUGCUCUAAAGUUCAUUCCAAGAAAGGUGAUUCGUAUUUUCUUGCUGUAACUAUGUAAAUGAAUUUUGAAAUAAAAUAAAAUAUCCAGCA